UUUUCUAGGAACCUGAAGAUGAAGUGUUCCUUGCUAUUGCUAAAGCAAUGGAGGAAAUGGUGGAGGAUCAUAUAGAAUGUUAUUGGCUUGUCAGUUGCUUUGUGAAUCAGCUAAACAGCAAGCACAAAGAUUCAUUACAACAAUUGCCAAAAAUUCUGGAGCAGUAUUUGAACAUUGAAGAUAACAGACUCCUGAUGCAUCUGAAAGCAUGUGCUGCAAUGAGCAAACUCCCUUACGAUCUUUGGUUUAAAAAGUGUUUUGCAGGCUGUUUACCUGAGUCCAGUUUACAGAGAGUUUGGGACAAAGUUAUUAGCGGGUCCUGCAAGAUUCUUGUUUUUGUUGCUGUGGAGAUAUUAUUAACCUUUAAAAUGAAGAUAAUAGCACUGAAUACUGCAGAAAAGAUCACACAGUUUUUGGAAAAUAUUCCUCAAGAUAACACUGACGCUAUUGUCAGCAAAGCUGUUGAUCUGUGGCGCACACACUGUGGGACUCCAGCACACUCAGUCUGAGAACUUUCUUCGCUUAUGACAGCUUGGGGAAAAAAAAGACAUUUGAAAAGACAUUUUACUGCUCUUCCUCCAUCCUAGUGUGAUGUUCUUCAUUACCUCGUCUAUGUAAAGAUGCUAUUUAAGCAGCUAAUUGCAUAGUGAUCAAUAUGUAAAUAUUUUUCAAUAAAUAGAGAUGGAA